AUGAAAAAGAUGCAACUUUUUUAUAUUUUUGAACUUAAUGAGCCAAAGAAGGCGAAUGUUGCUGCUGAAGAACCCAAAAAUUUGCACGUUGAGUGGCCGCCUUCUUUUAAUUUCGAAACAUUAUUCAAAAAUACAAGACGAAAAAAAAGGGCUCCAAAUGCAUUCAUACUUUUUCGUAUCAAAUAUUUAGAGAGUCUUCAACAGGUUGGCGUUAAUUGGCCAAUGUCUAAAGUAAGCCGUAUGGCUUCCGCAGCUUGGAAACGUCAGCCAGAACAUAUAAAGACAAAAUACGAAUCUUUAUCGUUUGCUGCGAAUCUUUCUUGGGCGAAAUGGAAUCCAAGACCCAAUGUUAUAAAUUCAGGAGUUCAAAGAAAUUCUCAACGACUAGUAAACAACAGCCCCAAUCUUUACCGAUCCCCUGCAUAUUUUGCCAACUUGGAUACAAACAAUGCGCAAAUCUUUGGCGAUGAGAUGAACUCCGAAUAG